AUGAAGACAGGGGUCCAGGGGUUCCUGGUGCUCUUCUCAGGCAGCUCCAUGGACCACCUGGAGAUCACCAGGGAAGCCAUCUUACAGACCACGGCGAAGGUGUGCAUGCAACUGGCCUCGGUUGAGGGAAGAGACUUCACUCUGCCGCCCGGACCACUGACUGCAGAGUCUCUGGCUCUAGCCUGCUCCUCAUCAGGGUCUGCUAAGAGUUUCCAGAGUGCCAUAUCAGACGUCACCUGGAGAAAUGCCGGAGUUGACUUCCGUCACCUGUUCAAUGAAGAAUAUCACUUUGAUGGGGAGAGAUUCAUCGAGGGGCGGAAACUCAUCAAAGAUGGAAUGACCUCUGUCAAAGCCAGCAUCAAGCAAGGGAACUUUGAGGCAGCAAGACAGAAGCUGGGAGACAUUUUACACACCUUACAGGACUUCUACAGUCACAGUAACUGGAUAGAACUGGGCAACAGAUUUCCCCAUUCCAAUCUCAUCAGAUCAGACGUGUCGGACAUCGGCCCUGUUGCAGAUAAGGACACUCCCACAUGUCGGAGCUGUGUCGGUAUAGACUGUCAGAACAACAUCCUAGAAAACAUCAUCAGAGACAAGAAGCUGACCUCGGGAUAUUUUGGCCUUGUACCUUUUUUUUCCACCAAACCAAAAGGGAAGUGCAGCCAUGGGGGCUUAUCGGACCAGACAAGCGGGCAGGAGCCUACGGGUGGGAUCAACAAGGACUCACUUGAGUCGAGCCAUGGCAACUGGCACGCUGCAGCUGCAGAGGUGGCCGUGGCUGCAACCAGUCAGCUGCUGGAGGACAUCAGAGGGGCUGCCGGGGACACGGACUUCCUACGGUUGGAUGGGGAGCGUUGCUGCCCUCUCAAGUGGUCAGAUCGCCACAUCCGUGCAUUUCCUCUUGUGUGA